CGUUUCUCGAUAAACGCGUUUUAUACAGGUAUCUAAGACGAACUAUUUAAACUUGAGCAAAAGUUAAACCGUGAAAUUAUACGCGGUGUAGAGAGACACGAUAUCGAUGGCGACCGCGUUAAGAUAUCAUAAUAUUAUGGUUUUGUAAAAUUCGUGAGCCUGGAAAAAAUUGCAUARUAUUUAAAAAUUGUUUACGUUCAUAAUAUACAUUGCGAUAGGUUACAGUAYAGAACCGAUUAUUUAAUAUUAUUAUAUACAUGUGUCUACUUUCAUGRGUAGUUUAAUUUAAAAUCUCUAAUAUCAUGCCGAAUCGUCACAAGCAAUCGAAAAUCUUCACGCUGAUAUACAACUUAUCGGGUGGUGCUAUCAAAUCUCAAGCCAUCAUAACGGUGAUUGCGGCACUUGGAGCCAUAGCCACCGGUACCAUACUCGGGUGGUCGUCACCAGCCCAGAACAUGUUCGACGCCGACGAGUCACCAUUUCCGUUCGAGGUCACCGGAAAAGACGCACAGAUGUUUAGCUCUGUGUUCGGUAUCGGGGCAGCCCUGGGAGCGCUUCCGGCAGGAUACGUAUCCAGGGUGUUCGGCCGGCUGGUCAGCAUGAUGCUGUUCGAAGGGUUCUUGUUAGUCGGCUGGACCAUGCUGGUGUUUCCCACUUCCGUUUGGAUAYUGUCCGCCGGCCGGAUGAUGCAGGGCAUUGGAGUGGGAGCCCUGUGUGCCGUCAUACCGUCGUACAUUGGCGAGAUAGCCGAGUCCCGGAUGAGAGGUCGUCUGGGAACGAUAUUCCAAUUAUUUAUAGUCGUCGGCAUACUGUAUUCGUACAUAUCGGGUGCGUUCAUGAAGUACCUGCCAUUUUGCAUCGCCUGUGCCUUUUGGGUGAUUUUACAUUUCAUCGGCGUUCUGUGCAUACCUGAAUCACCGUAUCAUCUGAUGAACAUCAACGAUCACGUAGGGGCGGCCGCUUCAYUGCARAUACUUCGAGACUUGUCAGACACGACCGAAGAGUUGAAAUCCAUCAAAAUAUUCGUCGAAAAGCAACAAUCGCAAAGUUAUACGGUAUUGGAAGUGUUGUCAGACAAGGUGAAUCGCAAGGCCCUUAUGAUCAGUAUUGGGUGCAUGUUUUUUCAGCAAAUGAGCGGUAUAAACGUUGUGAUAUUCUACAUGACCGAUAUAUUCAAAUCGACCGGUAGCACCAUGAAUCCGAACAUAUGCACCAUAGUUGUCGGUGUAGUACAGCUUAUCAUGACGGUCGUGUCUUUUACGAUCAUCGACAAAAGUGGUCGAAAGGCGUUACUCGUCCUGUCGGGGUUGCUGAUGGCUAACUGCUACGUGGGUUUAGGCGGAUUUUAUUUGAUCAAAACUCAUUAUCAAGAACUUGCUUCGAAACUUAACUGGUUGCCCUUAGUGUGCAUUGCUGUGUACAUAUCGGCAUUUUCCAUCGGUUACGGUCCCGUGCCUUGGAUAAUGAUGGGUGAAAUUUAUUCGUCGGAGGUGAAACCUAUCGGAACAAGUCUGACUACCUGUACCAAUUGGACGCUAGUAUUCGUUGUCACCUAUGUGUCUAUCGAGCUAACUCGGUGGCUUGGCUAUGCGGGCUGCUUCCUCACAUUUAGCAUAUUUUGCUUGAUGGGCGGUGCUUUUGCCGCGUCAGUCAUACCGGAAACGAAAAACAAGACGUUGGCCGAAAUACAGCUGAAACUCGUCGGAAAGUCUAAGGCCGUCCCUAUAGCAGUGGACGUUGUGGAGAAAGUGGAGCAGGUUCAAGCGACCACCACGAUUCCAUAAAUUUCGACUUCUUUCAAGAUCUCUGUUGACGUUUUCCGAACGAGAAUUACUGAUCCAUUUAAACAGCACCGUGUUCAAAACCCUAUUCCGUCCCCAUGUCCCUURAUAAUAAUAUUUAUGUGUAUUUCUUUUCCAUCCACAAUUCAUUGAAAUUUAUAUGUAUACAUAUGAUAUAUCAUAAUAUAAUAUGCAUUGUUUACAGGCCAUCCCUUUUCAAACACGUCUACCGCUGUAUUGCAAGAAAAAUCUAAAUAAAUACAAUGUUAUUCAGCAAGCAUUUCAUAUUUUCAUCAUU